GUUGGAAUAGUUACUAACAUUAUAAAUAUGUUGGUAUUGUUUCGUCAUGGAAUGGACGAUUCUACAAACAUUGUCCUCUUUGGCCUAUCAGGAGCUGACAUGGUAUAUUCAUGCAGUGAAACAUAUUAUCGAUUAAUGUACAUUACUGCUAGAUUAAACAUAUUAUUAGGGUACAGGCUUUCGUCAUUUUACCUUGCUAUUUUUAUAUUUAUCAGUGCAUAUGGUACGUGCACCAGCGUUUGGCUAGUUUCCCUUAUUUCUAUUGAGAGAAUGAUUGCUGUUUGCUUUCCAUUUCAAGUUUCAAGACUCAUGUCUCCCACAAGAAUGAGGUGCAUGGUUGUGUUUGUAUUUACAUUUGUAGCUGUUCUCUACAGUCCUUGGUACGGCAGAUAUUACCUGGAGUAUGCUCUUGAUCGAAGAAAUAAUAAAACAUUUUUAACAUAUUUUGAAAGGAAAGGGUAUAGUGACAACAAAUGGUGGAUAAAUAUCAUUCUAGAUCACAUUUUACCAGCCUUUGCCUCACCUGUGCCCAUGGUAACUAUAUUAAUGUGUACAUUUGCAACAAUUAUAAAACUGUUCAAGGCAAACACGGAUAUCGGUAGGCUGUCGACAUCAAGAACCAAGCGAGUCAACGAAAUGAGAUCAAUAAAAAUAUCUUUGACCAUUUGCUGCUGCAUGGCUUUUUCGAUAUUAGUUCCCAAUGCCUGGUUUGAUGCCUUUUCAUCAUUUGGUGUUGCUUACAUACCGCUGGAUGUAAUUAUAAUAUUAAGAUCAUUCACACAACUCGUGGUCCAAAUCAACGCUACAAUGAAUUUCUUUAUAUAUGUAGCGUUGAGUCCAAAAUUCAAAUCCACGUGUUUUAAUUUGAUUCAAUGCAAAUAA